AGGAGAGAUGGUGCUCGGAGCGGCGCUGCUUCGGGAAUUUCUGAGGAGCGGAUGAGAUGCCGGGGAACAUGAGCAAAGACGAUGCCUCGAGCCGGAGCGCAUGUUUGACGUUCACCAUAGACAACAUCCUCAACCUCAAGCGGCAGGACGGCGGAGCUUUAGGAAGUUUAAAGGAGAAGAGGGCCAGUGAAUGUAAAAAUGAUUUCCAAGCGCCGUGUGAGGAGGUGUGGGACGUCCGGAGGAGGCUGGACGGAGGGUCACAGUCUGCAGCGAAGCCCAGAGCCCAUGGAGACACACCGCCGGUGCCCGCUGACUUCUGUCCCGGGGCGCCGAGUGCGCACAGCGCCGAGGACGCGCCCAAGCAGCAGCAGAGCACCGCGGUCAAGAAGAAGACCCGCACCAUCUUCUCCAAGAGACAGAUAUUUCAGCUGGAGGCCACUUUUGACAUGAAGAGGUACCUGAGCAGCUCGGAGAGGGCUUGCCUCGCCAGCUCUCUGCAGCUCACGGAGACCCAGGUGAAGAUCUGGUUCCAGAACCGCCGCAACAAGCUGAAGAGGCAGCUGUCCACGGACACGGAGGGGCCGCUGGCCGCCGAGCACUUCUCAGAAGCUGGGAAAAACGUGCAAUUAUCGACUUUUUACAAAGACAGCAGCUUGCUUGGCGGAUGUUUAUUACCCAUGCCUUUCCCCGUCGUGUACCCGAACGCUGCGCCUUACAUCUACUUCUCUAAUAGCGCCAAAUACCUGGGCCUGUUUGAUGGAGACUGACAGAGGACACUCCGACACACAGGGCGGCAUGAAAUAGGACUGACAAGGAUUUUUCAACUUUUUUUUUUUUUUAAUUUUGAAAAAUGUUUCCAACUUGUAAACAUAUCAACCAAUCCAAGGCAUGCAUGAGGUCCUUUUGUAUCUCCCCAAAUGAUUUCUAUUAUUAUUGUUAUUAUUAUUAUUAUUAUUCGAUAUUUAUUACUCCAUUUUUAGUGCUUGGAGAACUUCUGACAGGUUUUUUUUCUCAUCAAAAGGUGCAUGAAUUUUAAUUUCUCUGAACAGUUUUGCUUUGCGCAGUACUGUCAUCUAAAUGAAUGUACACUAAUGCUGCAAUAAUUUGUCUUCUUUUGUGUCCCUUAGAGCAACACUUCAUUCAUAUUUAUAUGGCCUUAUUAUUAUUGUUGUCCUUGUUAAAAACUUUGACCGUUUGUUUUCACUCGACCUUUCAUAAGACUGUUAAACUGUGAAUGCAGUUACAUAAUG